AUGCCUAUUCAAGGCAUCAAAUUUCUAUUUGAUGGGGGUGGAGAGAGGAACGGAAUGGAUGGAAUUGCUGAUGGAAUAGUGGGGAUUGUUGUUGGGAGUGUGGGCAGUGAGUUGGCUGGCAAUGGAGGUAGUGUCACGGGCAAGGGGGUUGUCGGCACAGUAGGCAAUGCUGAUUUUGGCAAAGAUGGGAUUACAGGUGGGGUGAUAGGCGGUGUAGGCAAUGGGGUAGAUGGCAAUGGUGGCAAAGUGGCUUUUGGAAGAGUUGGGGUAGUUGGAAGUGUAGGCAAGGGGUUUGAGGGCAAUGGUGGCAGUGUGGCUUUGGGCAGUGUUGGUACCGAAGGCAACGGGGCCAGGGUGGCCUUAGGCAGUGUUGGUGCCGAGGGUAGUGGAGGCAAUGCAGUCUUGGGUAGAGAGGGAAUUGUGGGUACUACUGGCAAUGCUGGUGGAGGAGCUGCUGCUGUGUCCAAGAGGUGACGAGCUGCUUGACUCAUAUGGGUUCUUGAGAGUAACAACAUCAUGGCCAAAGACAGAACGAAGAAAAGCUUAGAAGAAGUCAUGUUUGAGUUUAGAGGAGCUGCCAAGGCAAAUCUCAUCAUGAA